AUGAAUUACUGCUUAGUUUCGAAGUCAGAAAACAGAACACUGAUGGCAGUCAACGCAAUGAUAGCAGAACAAGUCAGUAUGAACACUGAUUUACUCCUAAGAAGACAAAACUUUUAUUUCCAAAACGGUUUGUCAAAACAAGUUGCACAAAUUGUUUACAAAGAUUGUGCAAACACAUUUUCGAAUCAGAACAUUAACUUGUUCACGACAGAGGACAUCCUCAAGGCUGUUUGUUUGAGGUGUAUCGCAGACAAAGGAGGAAUGAUCUCUGAUUUACCUUCUACACUCAAAAAUAUUGUUCCGAAAGAUUCAAUUCCUAGUAAUUACGAUAAGAAAUUCGUUAAAGAAUUCCUUUCAAAAUACAAUUUCGUUGAUACUGAAACAUCUAUUUACGAUUUUGUUAAUUUUGUUACGAGUUUACCAAGCUUUUGUGUUGAACAAUUUUCAGGUUUGUUCAAUGGAAGAUCAGGUGUUGAAUGUUGGAUCAUUUUCGACAAAACAAGUAUUUUAUUUGUAAGUAAAGAAAAACCUUACAAACUGAUUUUGUCUGUCAAAUGGCAACAAAUCAUCAGAUUCAAUUCAUUUACAAAUGCUUUGAGAGUCAAAACAUACGAUGACUGCACAAUGACUUACUGCGGAGAAGACAAUGUCCAGAAAGACCAAUUGUUCACAAUAGACAGCAUUACUUAUUUGGAAAGAGGUGUUCAAUGCAGAAUGGAAGAAUGGAUGUCGAGUUUGGAAAUUCCAGAAGAUUUAUCAUAUAAAACAAUUGAUCCAAAUUACGCUGUACAGAUCCAAACAAUGUAUAUUUUGGAGACAAGAUCAGAUGAGAAAGGUAAAAGAGUCACAUUCGACAUGAGAAUGAAGAAGUCACAGAUAAUUCAAACAGCAAUUUACGCAUUUGGUUUGAAUGAAUCGAACUUCGAAGUUUUCAUUUCAAUGAGUUCAUCAUUGACGAAACCAUUUGAUGAAAACAGACUCUUAGGAACAUAUUACAUCAAUAAAUACACAACUAUCUUGUUGAUCUCCAAACUGAGAGAGAUUCACGUACAAACAGAAGAUGGAAGAUGCGCUUCUCUCACUGUUUCUCUGACAGACAAAGUCCAUGAAUUAAUAAAGCCAAUUGCAAACGCUCUUGGUAUUUAUUAUCAUUUGGGAUGUCACCUUUUCCAAAAGAGGCCAAAUGGAGAAUUGUCACCAUUAGAUUUCAGGGAAUCCAUCAUUACACAAGUAAGAGGUUGCGACCAAUUCAUUCUCAAGAGAAUCUGUUAUGCACUCACACCUUACGAUUUGAGAGAUGAAAUUGUUGUCAACGAAAUCUUUGAUUUUGUCAAAACCGAUUUGUUUACAGGAAAUUACGAGAUUUCCACGAACCAAUUAAUCCAUUUCAUGAUUUACUUGUGCAUCAUCAACUGCAAGACAAGAGACAACUUCAGAGAAUUCUAUUUGGAAAAGGCUGAUGAAUACAUUCCAAAGAAUUUCGAAUCAGGAGAUGCUGACAUUGCCAAGAUUUUUAAUGAGACAAAACAAAGUGCUCCUUUCAUCGAUCCUUUGCUCGCAAUGCAGAAAUUCAUCAUAGAAGCAUUUAAGAUCCCUAAUUUCGGUGUUUACCAACAAAAUGUCAGUAUUUCUUACAUGGAAGAUGAUGUUAUCAAAGAAAGACCUUCUUGUGUUUUGCAAAUCAGUGCAAACGGAAUUAAUAUCAUUAAUAAGAUCACUCAGGUUGAAUUCUCAGCAUUCAAACUUGCAUGGGAAAACGCAUUGAGUGUCAAGCCAUCUAAAUCAAUGAUACAUGUCGAAAUAGUGUUGCCAGGAACAAAAGUUUAUUAUGAAGUCAAAAUAAAAACUGACAACUUAAAAGGUGACGCAUUAAAACAGAUUGAAUUUUUGUUGAUCAUGUACAAGAUGAUGUUAUAUCCAAAGAUGAAAGAAAGACAAGUCUAUCAGAAGAAGUUCUACGGAAUGAUUGAUAUGUUGAACAAAGAAAGUACUAACCAAAGAAUUAUUAUAAACAUGUUACCAAGAAUUGGAUCAACAACUGUCAUUGCACAGAAUGUUUUGGUGUCAACAAGAGGAUCAGAAAUCAAAGAGCUCAUGGCUAAUGCUUUCUGUGUCAAGGACCUUAUGUACAUGCAAGUUGUUGUUCAACACAGAAGAGACAUGAGUUUCCAGUUGCUGAAUGACGAACAAACUGUUUUGGAUGUUGGAACUGACCAAUACGAUAUUUUCUAUCUGAUUGAGAUAGAACCUCCGAUGUACAUCAGAUUCCCAUCCGGAGAAAGAGUAAGAGACAUCGUAAAACUCUUGUUACCUGUUGGAAAACUCAUUUUCGAGAUCUUGAAUCUCCAUAAAAGAAGUUAUUCAUAUGGUUUCUCAAUGUACGCAAUCAAAAAUGGCCAAUUAUUGCCUUUGAACCACGAAACACCUCUUGUGUUCCAAUUGGAUUUCGUUAACGACAUCGUUAUCGAACAAAGAGUUUUCUUGUUCUCGGAUAAAUUCUUGGAAGAUGAAGGAUCACUUCACUUCAUCUAUGAAAACCUCUAUCAUAUGUUCAGAAUUGGAAAAAUACAAAACUUGACACCAGAACUCACAAAAACUCUAACCGCUUUGUCACUUUUUAUCUUUUUAGGCUCAUGGACACAAGAGUUUAAUUCAGAGAUUGUCAAGCAGUACUUGCCAAUGGACGAACAAGAGAAGAUGGAGAAAGAGACACAGAACAUCUUGAAAGAAUACAUUUUGAUAUCCAAAUCGAUUGAAAAAGAGAAAGCCAUAAUUAAAUUCAUUUAUUUAGUUUUAGCAAUUCCUGAUUUCGGAUCCGAAGAGUACAAAUGUUUCAUUAACAAUGGAGUUAGCUUAACAGAAUGUAUAUUACAUUAUACUCCUUAUAACUUGUACAUCAAAGAAACAAGUACACACAAAGAAUUGUUGAAUAUUCCAAUGCACACAAUUAAAUCAUUUGGAAUUUGCCAGAAUCUUUUCUCAUUCAAAUACCAAGAUCCUAAUGAUGAUGACAAACUUCUUGAGAUUACAUUACAAGUUGAUUGUCCUCCUGUCAUCGGAGAAUACUUCCAUAUCUACUUGGAACUCAUGAAUUAUGGCAGUUUCUUUACAGAUGUAAAUGAAUUAAUCAAAUACUUGAAGAAUUUGGAAGCAGGAACAGAUGAAGAUUCAGAACAAGAUGCUCAAAUGGAUGAUGUUUCUGCUCCUGCAACUAGAAUACCAACAAUGAUUCCUAUACCAGAUACUAAACCAGAAGAACCAAUUGAUGAUUUAGGAGACAUAGGUAUUAUUGAUUUCAACCAACAAAUUGUUGAUAAUUUGCCAUCAAUUUCUAUUGGAGCAACUGUCAACGUGGAUUUAGUUUCUACAUUGGCCAGCCAGUUCAAAACAACAAAGACGCGAAACAACAUUGUUUCUGAGUUCGAUUUGGGAAUGCAACAAGCGAUGCAAACAGAUUUCAUGUGGAUGCUUGAUUUGGAAGCUCUCGGAAUGAUGAGAAUCAUUCACACUUUGUCUGCUCUGAAAUUAAUCAUUACAUUGAUCAGAGACAAUAUAUUCGCAAACGACCAUGAAACAUUCAUAAAGAGAUUGAACUUGAUGUUACAAAUUAUCAAGAAAGAAUAUCCAUUGAUAAAUGGUUCUUUGUUACAUACAUUCGAUGGAUUUGUUGAUGGAAUCAAAUCAUUGAUUGAUUAUAUCUCUAAAAACCAAUUCUUCGACAACGGAAUUGCCACAAAACAACUCAAUGACAUAAUGAUGUUGAUUGAUUUGUUCUACGGAGAAAUCGAAUCAAACAUUUAUUCCAAACAACAAGCAGUUCUUUCCCAAAACUACUCUAGAUUCUCUCCAAACGAAAUCUAUUUGUUCCAGAUGAUUGCUGACAUGAUGGAUACUUUGGAAACAUUGAUUGAAGCGUACGAACAAACAGCAGAACAGUUAGUUAUCCAAGAUGUCGAUGUUUAUCCAAUUGUUACGAAAUUGUUGGAAAUAAACACAAACAACAUUUCGUUAAUUUGCGAUUACAUAAAGAAGAAACACUUCAUGAUAUUGAACACGAAAUUGAGUCCGAAUUUGAAGGAAUUAAAACAGUUCAUGCAACAGAUUUAUAACUUCAAUUUGUUGUGUGAAGACAAAGGAAUAGGUAUGAUGAAUCACGUGAUGUUCUUCAACCACGUCAAUGAAAUGUUGGAGUGCUCAGAAUCAUUGAUCUUUAACUGCAUGACAGAUAAAGACAAAGACCAAGAAAACUCCAAAUACAAUUCAUUGUUACCAUUGAUCAUUGACUUGCAGACACAGGCAAACAAUGCUUACACUUCUGUCAUUGAUUACACUGACAAUGAAAUCGCAAUGAUUACUUUGUCAUUGAAUUAUCUACAGGAAUUGCAUUGA